GUCAGCAGGAAAGUGCAGUCUCUGGGUUGUUUUUCAGUCAGACCUUGCAACUAACUCUGAGGACAGAAAUGGUGGAAGGGCCAGGUUGUACACUGAAUGGAGAGAAGAUUCGGGCGCGAGUGCUACCGGGUCAGGCAGUGACUGGCGUGCGGGGACGAGCUCUGAAGAGCCUCGUGGGCCCAGCGUUGCCCUCAGCAGCCUCACAAGCUGGCGUCUCUUCCCAGACUGCUACAGUGAAUGCUACGGAUUCUGGCUGGAAAUUCUUGAGCCUGUUUAAUGGAUAUGCUUACAGUGGCGUGGAAACCUUGGGGAAGGAGCUGUUUAUGUACUUUGGCCCAAGAGCUUUACGGAUUCAUUUUGGAAUGAAAGGCUCCAUCUUAAUUAACCCACGUGAAUGUGAAAAUAGAGGUGGGGUUCCUCCAGUGUUUGAAGUGCAGCUCACCAAUGACUUGAUCUGUUUCUUUGACUCUUCAAUAGAACUCAGGGACUCAAUGGAAAGCCAACAGAGAGUAAGAAUGAUGCAAGAACUGGAUGUGUGUUCACCAAAGUUUAGUUCCUCAAGAGCAGAAAGUGAAGUGAGAAAGCAGAAAGAUCGCAUGCUAUGUGACGUGUUACUGGAUCAGAAAGUGUUGCCUGGUGUAGGCAACAUCAUCAAAAACGAAGCUCUCGUGGACAGUGGUCUCCAUCCGGCUGUUAAAGUGCGCCAGCUAUCAGAUGAGCAGACCCGUCACCUUGUGAAGAUGGUCCGUGAUUUCAGCAUUCUCUUCUACAGGUGCCGUAAAGCAGGAGGUGCCAUUUCUAAACACUAUAAGGUUUAUGAGCGUCCUAACUGUGGUCAGUGCCACUGCAAAAUUACUGUGUGUCGCUUAGGGGAGAACAGCAGGAUGACAUAUUUCUGUCCUCACUGUCAGAAAGAAAACCCUCAGCAUGUUCAAAUAUGCAAACUGCCAACGAGAAAUGCAGCAAUAACCUGGACUUGUAGGAGAGAGGAUUGCCUUACAGACUCUGUGGCUCGGAAAUCUGAAGAGCAGUGGUCCUGCGUGGUUUGUACCCUCAUAAACCAACCCUCUGCUAAUGCCUGUGAUGCUUGUUUGACAGCAAGGCCUGUUGUGCCCAAGAAUGGAGAGAAUCCCGUCACCUUUAACAACUUAGUGAAGUACCCUUGUAAUAACUUUGAGAACACACAUGCAGUGAAGAUCAACAGGGAAACUGUAUUUGGAAGUACAACCCUUGUCUUGACAGAUUUCAGCAAUAAAUCCAGGACUUUGGCCAGAAAGAAAAGCCCAAACCGGAUAAUAGGUGGGGAAUUUCAAAACUUUCCUCCUGCAGACAUAUGUUUAAGUGAUCCACAGCACCCUUCCAGAGAAGGAAUAAACUACAUAAGUCAACAAUUCAACAAGGUGAACGGAUCGCCUACAGUUUGUGCCCGGUCUAAAUUAUUUACUUCGGCACAUAAAAAAUUGAAAACAGCUCACUCUUCAUCAACGGACCUUAAGAGUCACAACUCUCGAUUUCCUAACAGUGAAUUCCAACCCAAGGCAACACCUGCUCCUCAGUCUGUAAGAGCUGGCAGUCCUCGGUGCAGGAAGCAUAACCGCCUCUGUGUUCUCCGAGUGGUGCGGAAGGCUGGAGAAAACAAGGGGAGGCAAUUUUAUGCCUGUUCUCUACCCAGAGAAGCCCAGUGUGGAUUUUUUGAAUGGGCAGACCUGUCCUUCCCAUUCUGCAGGCAUGGCAAGCGCUCCAUCAUGAGAACAGUACUGAAGAUUGGACCUAAUAACGGGAAGAAUUUUUUUGUAUGUCCUUUUGAGAAGGAGAAGCAGUGUAAUUUCUUCCAGUGGGCAGAGAGUGGACCGGGAAUGGAAAUUAUUCCAGGAUGCUAGUAUUUUCUCUUUUUAAAGCAUAUCGGGCACAUAACCUCAUCAAACUUACAAUGUUCAGUCCUCUUUGUUUAGUAGAAAGCUUAUAGAAGACCUGUGAUCCAUAUAAAUUAAGACGCUGUGGUAUUUGAGAAAUAUUCUUUACUUAAAUGUGUCACCUUACCAUUUUCUUUUGUAAUAAUGAGCACUAUUUCAAGAGAGGGACAGUUUAUUCACUUUCAAAUAUAUAUUCAAUAUAUUUAAU